AAAUCCAAAGUAUACAGUUUUUCCCAAUGAGAUGUGUAAUCUGACCGAGCUCGUCGUUAGAGGGAUCUCUGAGCAGAAGUCACUUAUCACAUGCAUUUCGGCUUGGAGCACGAUCUGUUGAGCGCAGCAGCCAGAUUGUGCUCGAACUCAACAAGAAAGGAUUGAUUGAAAGAUCGGAAACCAUCAAAGGGCUGGAACUGCUAUACUUUUCACGAAACGACAGAGACGAGAUCUGUAGUCUUGAUCGUAUAUAUCAUGGCAGGGAGAGAAUUUAAGAAUGCAGGAGCGUCCUCAGAGGCUGAAGCAGCCGCAGGCAUGGCACAGCUGGCAGCAUCUGGGGGAACCUCCAGGGCUCCCAGCCUCAGCCCGAGAACCAACGGCGCAAGCCACCCAAUGCAAAAUUUGGGAGGUGCACUGAUUGCCUUGUCACGGAGCAUUCCCAUGGAGAUGAUGCAUAAAGGGUGGCUGUUGGAGAGGACUGCCUGGGAGGAGAGUUGCCGGUCUGCUCGGAGUGUGUAUGGCAUUGCCGAUGCCAUGGUUCAUCUGGAGGACUGGAUCAACCUGGACUAUCCUGACAACUCAGAGAUGGUGGACGUGGAUUCUUGGAGCAUGCAUGUCCGCUCAAUCACCAGUCCGGCCGAGCUGCAGGUUGCGGUGCGCGAUUUUGAGCGCAAUGUGGAACGGGCAGUGCAGAUGGAGCAGCGAGCCCACCAGACCCCUGUCAAGAGUGAGAGGCUGAGGAGGAAGGCGUCCGGCUCCCUUGUGACAGAGGUGACCCAGAGCACAACUAGCGUCACUUCGAUGCAGCCCAGCGAGAGCAAGCAUGAGGGCAAGAAGGAUCUCCACUAUGGCAGGUGGAGCCGAGAGCGGUAUGAUGGUGCUGUGGCGGCCCUGGUGCACAUUCUGCGCGCCAUGUCUGCCACCUCAUCGGACCGCUGUGUGCUGCGGCCUGCCCUGCGCGAAGAAGCCCGCAAGGCCGUAGGGGACACUGGGUUGCUGGACCACCUCCUCAAGCAUCUGGCGGACAAGACAGUGACGAUGCAAGGAGACAAGCUGCGCCGGCGGCACAACACGGAGGGCCACAUGGAGUACUGGCUGCAGUCACCUGCAUCCGCCCAGACAGAGGAGGAGGAGCUGCAGCAGGAUGCGACGGCGCUGGCAGGGGAGUUCCGGGAGGUGCGCAAGCUGCGGCGGCUGCUGGCGGCUGCCCGGCAGGAGGCGCAGCAGGCGAUGGCGGACGCCAAGCCUGCAAGCGAAGCCUCACCCGAAGCCGCUACUGCCUGCUCACAGUGCUGGCGCCUGCAGCAGCAAGUCUCCGCUCUGCAGGCGCAAGUGGCAGAGCUGCAGAGCGCCAGCAACGCCGAGUUUGAGGAGGUGCGGCAGGAGGGGUCGGGCUUCAUACAGCUGCUGGCUUCCCACGUGCGCGAGGCUGCCUCGCUCGCCGACGGGGCUUCCCGGCGCGUGAGCACCGUCGAGCAGGAGACGGCCGCCAAUGUGGAAGAGAUGCGCGGCCGCUUCGAGGCCCUUGCUACCACCCACUCCGAGGUGCCCCAACUCAGGAGGGAUGUUGGUGAGUGCACCCAGAGCAUCCAGCAGCUGCAGCAGGAGGUGGCCACGCUGCGCAAGGGGCUGCUGCUGGUGCAUGCAGCCAGCAUCAGGCCGCAGCAGUGGGCCGCCCAGUCCAGCGCCCCACAGGCGCCGCAAGAAAGCCCUGCAAGUAACACUAUCUCAGGCUAUGUCCAGGCACCGGAGCAGCAGGCCCACGUGGACAUGCAGAUGCCAUCUGCGGAGCCUGGAGCGAUGCACACUGCCUCUGGCCCUGUGCAUCAGGAGGCCAUGCAGGCCCCAAUUGCAGCAGCUGCAACCCACGCUAGCGACGACUCAGCUGCCACUCUGCCAAACAUGAUCGGCCCUGAGGCCUGA